AUGCCAACCAUAUUUAUUACAGGAGCGGCGGGAUAUGUUGGUGGCGAUUUUCUUGCGCACUUGCAGCAACAGCAUCCCGAGCAUCAAGUCCGGGCUCUUGUUCGCUCUGAGCAACAGGCUGCGCUGCUCAACUCUCAGUUUCCAAAUGUCAAGUGUGUUUUCACCACGGGCAGCCUGCGCGAACUUCUGAUUUCUGAAGGAAAAGAAGCGGAUGUGGUUGUCCAAAUCGCCAAUACAGAUGACGAAGCCAUGUCGUUCGCGUUACUUGACGGCGUCGCCCAGCAUCCAGGCGCUACGUACGUGCACGUUUCUGGCAUAGCAUCUCUCAUUGAUCCAUCCAUCCCUGCUGGGGACCUCGAUCCAAAGGUCUUUAGUGACGCUGCUCAAAAGGACGAGCUACUGAGUCUGCCACGCGAUCGGCUUCACGCAGCGAUAGAACAAGAUAUCAUAGCGAAAGCGGAGCAUUCACACACCAAAGUCGCUAUUGUGUCGCUGCCUCGCAUGUACGGAAAAGGUAGAGGACACAUCACUCCGCAGUCAAAGAUCAUUGAGCCGUAUCUACGGGGGGCACGGUCCCAGGGGAAAGUAUUUGUAGUAGGUGCCGGGAGAAACGUAUCGAGUUAUUGCCACGUCAGCGACGCAUCGUCUGCGUUGCUCCUGUUAGUGGAGGAGGCGUUAAGCACGGAAAGUAGGGUGGAUUGGGGUCGGGAUGGAUAUUACUUUGUUGAAGCGGGAGAGGAUUCGUUCACAAAAUUUGCCAAGAUUGUUGGUCAGGAGCUUCACUUGCAGGGGUAUGUUUCUGAUACUGAUGUUGACAGUCUUGAUGAGGGCGCUGUUGCGAAGAUUUGGGAAUGGGGACCAAAGUUCUGGGGUUCAAGUUCUCGAUCUAGAGCUGAUCGGUUGCGAGCGCUGGGUUGGCGUGCGAGUGGGAUUACAGAGGAGGAUACUAUCAGGGAGACGAUUCGCUAUGUCCUUGGCAAAGAUAAUUAA